CCCAUGUCAGGGCGGCGGUGGGGGACUGCACUGCGCUAGCGGGAAGCCACUGACCGCCCCCCUCUCCUCGCCCAGCGAUGUAUUCACUGCUUUCAGCCUGCACUUGCCUAUGUUUACAUUUCCUGCUGCUGUGCUUUCAGGUACAGAUGUUUGCUGCUGAGGAGAAUGUAGAUUUUCGGAUACAUGUGGAGAACCAGACGCGAGCGAGGGAUGACGUGAGCAGGAAGCAGCUCCGGCUCUAUCAGCUCUACAGCAGGACAAGCGGGAAACACAUCCAAGUGCUCGGCAGGAGGAUCAGUGCCAAAGGAGAAGAUGGAGAUAAAUAUG